CGCUGCUCCAUACACCCUCCCGAAGCCAGCUCAAUCGAACGCGCAUCUCUCUAUCUCGCCGCUAUGUUCCAGCUUUCAGAAGAGUCAAAGGAGCGCAUCGCUCGCAUCAUCGACGUCUCCCGGGUCGCCAUCCACUACGGCUAUCUCCCUCUCAUCCUGUAUCUCGGAUACUCUCGCAGCGAGCCCAAGCCGUCCCUCAUUCGACUCUUCUCUCCCCUUGCGUAACCACACUCGUCAGCACGUCGAACUCCCUCGGGACCAUAUUGGGUCCUCUGUACAGUACCACCCAUAAUAAGGCGCAAUUGGCAUACGGGGCCAUGGAUCAUGUAUAGAAGAGGCGGCCGGAGGACACCGGUUUCAGUCGGGGCAUGGGGUGCAUCUCCUCUUUCUUAGCAAGCCUCAUCGGCACUCGGCAGGCCCACACGUUGAGGGCGCUGCCAACAUGUACAACAGACAGAGUUCAAUGAAGACGCCGCGUGCUGUCGCGCGGCGUGUGGCACCUGUGGGAGCCGAAGCCUGAGCAAUCGCAGUCCGAAUCAUGUCUUCAUGGCGCUGCACAUGCCUGCCACCAUUGAU